GCAGCAUGACUUAUAUAAUUAACGUUGUAAUGCUCAAGCUAUGCAUCUUUUUUGUUAAAAGUCAGAUUGUGACUCCAUCAGAGAAUGCCGAAGCAGAAGACAUAAUCAAUGCCACCAUUGGAGGAGAAGCACUUUUUUUUGUAAACUGUACCCCUUUUCUGAAUCAAUCAAUAGAAUGGAAGAAAAGUGGAAAAAGCGAACAUGGUAUCAUAAUGUUUCCGUUUGGCGUACGUGAGCACACUAUCUUUCAAAGUUACAAAGGACGAGUGAAAAAUUUUGAAGGCUGUUCCUUUGUAUUAACUAACAUUCAACAGAAUGAUACAGGAUACUACACUCUGACAUUGGUAGAGAACACUACAGGGAAGCAAGUGACAAUAAAAAAACGGUUGUUUGUAAUUGCCAAAACAAAUGAUCCUAAUGAUGAACAGAUUAACCAUGAAGAAAAUAUAACAAGUACUGAGGUCAAAAAAGGUUGGAAAUUCACUGCCAUUGUCAUCGGUGCCAGUAUGCUUGGAAUAACUGUAAUCUGUGUUAUACUCACAUGCUUCAUAUGGAGAAGAAUGCGUCGAAAUACAGAGGCUGAGAGUUCAGGUGUGAAGAGGAAUGAGAACUCAAGUAGCAAUGUUCCAGAGAUUGUUUAUUCAACUUACGUAGGUGCAUAUGCUAAUUAUGGAAAGUCAUGUCAAGCAGCAUCUUUGGAUCAAACUUGAGAAGAAAGCUACUUUGAAAUGUCAUUGAUGAACUUGUUGAUGUUAUUUAAAAGUGCACAAAGGAACUUCCAAAAUCUGCACUCCUAUUAUCCAUCUUCUUAUGGUUAUUCACAUAGGCCUGUGCCAUGGAAGCCACUAAAAUGUGAGUUCAGCAUUCCUCACUGUACUCUCCCAUGGAUCCAGCACGGCCUCAGGAGACAUAAUUAAAAAUAUUUUUCAAGUGUGCAACAUCGUAAGCCAUGAAGGCAGCUGCUAAAAAGAUCACACUCUCUUUAGCACUUCCACAAGCAAUGUCCAUGCUUGUGAGAGUAAUACAUGCUGCCUGUUUGAAUGGACCCAUUUUUAACUGGUCCUUUGUGGUGCUGAUCAAACCGCACUCAGUUGGGGUUAAUUAAUCUAGUCCUAAAUCCACCUAGAACAGAAACUGAGUCAGUCAGAUCCAAUUUGAAUUCUGCCAUGGAGUCAACGGUAAGUAGAAUUCGGUGGUUAAAAUGGCUAAGCAGUUGAUAGGAGGGAUUUGCCUGUGAGAAUAAGAACUUAAAAACAUAAGAAAUAGGAGCAGGAGUAGGCCAUCUGGCCUGUCACACCUGCUCUGCCAUUCAAUAAGAUCAUGGCUAAUCUGGCCAUGGACCUACCUACCUUUUCCCCAUAACCUUUAACUCCCCUACUAUGCAAAAAUCUAUCCAACCUUGUCUUAAAUAUAUUUACUAAGGUAGCCUCUACUUCUUCAUUGGGCAGAGAAUUCCACAGAUUCACCACUCUCUGGGAAAAGCAGUUCCUCCUCAUCUCUGUCCUAAAUCUACUCCCUCAGUUUUAGUCACACCUACCAGAGGAAACAACUUUCCUGCCUCUAUCUUAUCUAUCCCUAUCAUAAUUUUAUAUAUUUCUAUAAGAUCUCCUCUCAUUCUUCUGAAUUCCAGUGUGUACAGUCCCAGGCGACUCAAUCUCUCCUCAUAGUCUAACCCCCUCAUCUCUAGAAUCAGCCUGGUGAACCUCUUCUACACCACCUCCAAAACCAGUAUAUCCUUUCUCAAGUAAGGAGACCAGAACCGCUUGCAGUACUCCAGGUGUGGCCUCACCAGUACGCUGUAUGGUUACAGCAUCACCUCCCCACUCUUAAGUUCAACCCCUCUAAGCAAUGAAGGCCAUAAUUCUAUUUGCCUUCUUGAUAGCCUGCUGCACCUGCAAACCAAUCUUUUGUGAUUCAUGCACAAGCACUCCCAAAUCCCUCUGUACAGCAGUAUGCUGCAAUUUUUUUACCAUUUAAAUAAUAACCUGCUCUUUCAUUUUUACUUCCAAAGUGGAUGACCUCGCAGAAUGUUUAAAUGGUGGUUCCUUCUGUUGAAAUUAACAUCUCCUGAUAUGGUUGGGGUUAAAUUUAGCACGUUUACCACUUUGUAUCCAUUUAAGCAGGCAGCAUGCGCAUUGAUGAAAGGUAUCGGCCCAAAAGGUCAACUCUUUAUUCCUUUCCACAGAUGCUGCCUGACCUGCUGAGUUCCUCCACCAUUGUGUGUGUGUGUGUGUUACUCUGGAUUUACAGCAUCUGCAGAAUCUCUUGAGUUUUUGAAGGCUGCCUUUGCACACGUCUGAGUUGAGUGCAGACACAAGGGCAUUCAGUCUUAUUUGCCUAUCUCUGUAGUUGGGAGGCUUGGAAUUAGCAUUGGACAAUAUAUUUUCCCCAUCUAUUUUCACUGUGAAAAUAGAUGUGCAGGGAAUUGGUUAGUAACCUUAUCAGUUAAUCUUACAAAGUGAUGAGGGACGUUGCUUUUGUGGAGGUCACUGAUAGAAUUUCAGCUUCUAAAGUUUUUCUGCCAUUCAUUCUUUGGGGUUCUCUUCUGUUUUCAUGGAUGUCUGUGAAGAGUAAGAAUUUCAAGUUGUAUACUGUAUACAGUACAUUCUUUGAUUAUUAAAUGGAACCAUUGAAACAUUGAAUUUAGAAAAAAAUAGCAAAUCUUAAAUCCAAAUCUGUGAUUAACAUAUAGAAUCCUAAGUGAAUGUUAUUUUCAAAUAUUUCAAAGAUUAUUUUUAGUAACAGAAGGUUUCUGCAUUGCAUGUACAGUAUUUAAGGCAUAUGAGUUUCAUUAUUAUAAUCCAUUAUUAACUGGAAUGUGAAAAUACAUCUUCAGUUUCUAAGCCUUAAACAUUCACGGUAGUAGUGGCUGCAGUUUGUACUCCAUUGCCAGGUUCAUUUCCAUUUCUCUAAAAGUGAUCGUAUAACAAACAUUUCAGCAUAUUUAGCUCAAACAAUCAAGGACACAUUUCUAUCAAUUAGGUUUACUGAUUGUUAUUUUAACUUGUGCAGUAAUUUGUUAAAUUGGACCAUGAUUGUUGAUCAUGGUGAUGCCAGCUUUCAAUUUCUACCUUAGUCAAUUAUUCCUUCAAACAGAUUUUUCAAGUCACACUAUCCAAGAAGUCCUUGGUUGGCCUAGAGAUGGGAUGACACACAACUACUUUACUACUGAAGAAAUUAAUCCUGUUACUUAAACAGUUAAUGAUGAUGACAAAGGAAUUUCAUAUAAACAUACUAAGCUUCCACAUAGUUAAGUACUAAGGCUCCAAUUUCAAGGAACAAAUCUAUUAACCGAUGUUCUGAUUUCUGUAAGUUUUCUACUGCAACAUAAUUUAAGAAUUUGAA